UAGCAUGGCGUACGUGCACGUUGUGCUGCUGGGAUUGCCGCCUAAUGAUCAUAUACGCGCGCUGACGUCACAGACAGACCUUUUCGACAGGAGCGGACGACUACAAAACGACGUCUGUGUAGCCAGCCGGCGGUGGAGCCAGGCGCACGGAUUUGAUAGGGAUAUCACAAGCAUAACCAUCGACUAAUCAGUGUGCUGGUGGACGCACAACAAGCAAAGGUGACAAAAUAAGAUUGCGAGAUAGGAGAGGGUUUCUGAGGAAAACCGUCCGACAUGUCGUUUGUUGAGAAGCCCGUGGAAAGGGCCGUGGCCAUCAAGGCCCUGAAGCCCUGGUGGGACGUCGCCAUUGACUACAUCCUCAUCGGCUUCUUCGUGGUGGGGAUCGUCUGCACGCUGAAGGCCAUGAUGGGACACGAGAUCCUCUGCUUCCCGGACUUACAGGGCAACAACACUUACCAAGGCGGUUUCGUCUCGCGGGAAGAGGCUAUCCAGUACUACAGCGUGCCCAUGAGUGACUUCGUGCGGUCCUCCUGCCACGCCACCCUGCCCAUCUACCUACAGUACUUCCUCUACAUCGUGCUGGUGGAGAAACUCUCCAUGUUCGUUAUCAACACGUUCUGGCUCAACUUCCCGCACAUCAUUUCCGGGGUGAUCCGUUUCUACACGCUGGUGCUGGAGACUUCUCACCUCCGUCCGGCCAUCGACCUGCGUAUCCGUGAGUUCCAGCGGCAGGACGAGGUACUGCAGGAGGCCGAGAGCCCGCGCGACAACAACCCGCAUAGCACCUCUGCUCCGGAGGUUAAGGUGCGAGAACACACCUAUGAAGACGCCCAGAUAACUCAGUUCUGUGAGACCAUCAUCCGUUACGAGGAGGGCUUCCGCUACUCGCGCAUCUGCCUGGGUUACCUGAUCAAGUCGCUCCUGCUGGCGACCCUGUGCGGGUGUAUCCUGUCCUACAGCCUGCCGCACUACUGGGUCUUCCCGCACAUGUUCCACUGCAGUCUGCCCAUGCUCAAGGACGUCGGCUUCAGCGAGUUCCAGUGCGCUGACGACAUCGGGACGCUGUUCUUUAUCUCGUUCGUGCUGACCCGUAUCUGGAUCUGCCUCAUCGGGUUCUUCGCUCUCUUCGGAGCCGUCUUUUGCUCCAAGAGCCUCAUCCGCUCUAUGCGCAAGGAGGACAGUGCCGACAUGGACUUCCUGUGCCGCCUGUUUGAGCUCCAGAACCGUGCCGCUCUGGGCUCUUUCAAGGCCAUGAUCAACUCCGCCAUCAAGAUCAAGAGCUAUCUCCUGCCCACCACUCCAGGCCAUAUCGAGUUUUCGAAGAACGGGAAGGAACGCAACUCCAUCACCAUCGUCUGGGGGAAGGCCACUGGCGCGGAGGAAUACGAACUGCAGGUUCGCCGCAUCACCACCGGUGUGCAAGCAAAGCGUAAAUCACUUUUCAAAUCACGAGAGAAGCCUGACGCUAAGGUUGUGCACAUGGUCUUCCAACCCAACACCGCUGACGUGCUGGGGCUGAAGGAAGGGGAGUACAAGCUGACGCUGCUGGCCAAGAACGCCUUCGGGACCUGCCUGGAGCCACGCUCCGCCACCAUGCAGUACUUCGCCGACGGGACCCGCCCGGAGAUCCGCAACGCCCCCCUCGCCACGGAGAACUACCACAAAUCCGCUAUGGUGUAGUAGACUUACCUUUCAGGGUGCAAAGAGGGGUGUUUUUAAGUUUUUGCGCACAGGCUAGGUAUGGGGUGUUUGCACGUCUCGCCGUUGUGUUGGAGGGGUAUAUAGAUCCAAGCAUUUCUAGAUCUGAACGAACCAUAAAGGAUGUAAACGAAGAAAGUACAAGCAUUCAAAAGUCUUGUGCGCCUGAACUAUUCACGAAGGCAGGAAUCAGGCGUUUUGAGGAAAAAGGAAACCAACAUUUUGAAAUCUUUAAUUGAUGACAUGACUACGUGGCAGCAAACACCCUAUUGAAAAGGUGAAAGCUCGGGCUUUUAAGACAACACAUGUGAUGUAAGCAAUUUGUAACUUCAGAAGAUUUGUUUAUUGUACUUACCGUGACUGUAUAGGUGAUAGCACUGGUUACUUUGAAUUUUGAAAGACAGUGAAGAGUGAAAACGUUUUUUUAUAGUAGAGCAUUUCAAUAACUACAGGUAUGACAGAAAAAUGAUAACAGUUAAUUUACAAAGAUAGUCUUGGACUUCCCAAUAACAUACACAUUGUUGUUUAUCCCACAGCAGGUUUCAAUAUUACUUACAAAAAUUGCAGAAUCGAAUCGAAGGUUGGAAAGUAUUUUUGAAUGCAAAGUAACCAGUGUUUCAAUGGUAGUCGUAUUUUCGUAUUUAUGAGAGAUAUUCUAUUUGUCUUAGAAAUAUCAAUAUUUAUCUAUGAAAGACUAUAGGGACAAGAGAAACUCUAGAAAUAGUUUGAAAGUUCGCGAUCGUGUAACAGAGCUAGAUAGAGUCCAUCUUCUUUCUACAAAGCUCUUACUGUGUUCCCUACACUGGUAUGCUUAACUUUGUGCUCAAAACUUUGCUUCGUGUCUUACGAGUGACUGUGUAGAGUAGUGGGUUUCAGCGCUUUACUGACUUCAGCUCAAUGGACCUUUCUUGCUUCCUUGACCAACAGAGAAUGUGUAGCGAAUGCUUCAUCUUCUGUAAAAUCGAUGUUUCUAUUCUAUACUGUAUUCUCUAUUCUAAGCCAUAUUCAAGAUAUUAGUGUAUUGCGUGUAUAUGUUGCGUGACCAACAUGGCCAAUAUGCAGUACUCAAGCAAUAUGAUGUUUGUGUGGGGUGUCGCACGUUUUAUAGUUGACUGUGAGUUGUCAAAAGACAGGAGAAAUAAUUGUUUUACCUUCAA